CAACAGCUACUAAUUUUAAGAGGGAAAAAGGGCAUGGGGAAAAGCUCUAGUUGUUCACAGGGGGGUAACAGCUACGCCUUGUGCGGGAGGGGGUCGUGGUGGGGGUAGGGCGGGGUCGUUCCCCCCAUCGGUAAUUGGAAGGGAAAACCCGUCCCCCACCCAGGGAUCCAGGAGCGGGACAAGAACCCCGGGGGAAAGCGUUGUUGGGACGUGGCUCUGGGGCCCCUGAAACAGAUCCCCAUGAACCUGUUCAUCAUGUACAUGUCGGGCAACACCAUCUCCAUCUUCCCCAUCAUGAUGGUCUGCAUGAUGGCCUGGAGGCCCAUACAGGCGCUCAUGUCCAUGUCUGCCACCUUCAAGCUGUUGGAAAGCUCCAGUCAGCAGUGGCUCCAGGGUCUGGUCUACCUGGUCGGCAACCUGCUGGGCUCGGCGUUGGCCAUCUACAAGUGUCAGUCAAUGGGACUGCUUCCAACGCACUCUUCUGAUUGGCUGGCUUUCAUAGGACCGCCUCAGAGGAUGGAGAUCAUGGGUGGAGGGAUGGUGUUGUGAAAAGGACGCAGACUACACAUACCAGAUUUAGAUAUUUACAGAUGUUAUAUAUUGUCCAUUCUAAUCUAUGAAAGCUCACAACAGAUUUAACCCCUUGUAGUGGCAUUUACAAGACAUCUGUCUUAUUUGCCUUUUUUUGACAGAAACAUUAAUAUGUCAUUACUUUAUGCUGCUGCUGGGCUUCAUGUUCACACCUCUUUUUUUCCUUAUUCAUCUGUUAAAGGGUUAAAAGCCAGCAGAUCAUCAUGUUGAACUACGGUUUCUUUCCAGUUGAAAUAACAGUUUAUUUAUGAGGUUAUUUUACAGAAUCAUCAUUAAAACAGAACUUUAUCGAUGUAUUGCUCCUGAAAAUGGCGGUAACCGUCUGUAAAGCAUUUUAAUUUUGUCACAAAGAAAGUCUUUUUAGGUUUUGUUCCCCUAGACUAGUUCAUCUUCUUUUGUUUCUCAGUUUGUAGUGACACACAUGAUUUCAGCAUGCUUGCCAGCAACAUUUACUAAUAUGUUUUAAUUUAUGAGUCGGUUUAACUUGUACUGAUUUGCUACAUGAACAUGUUCAAUAAAUGAAUAAAUUCAUAAUGGCUAAAAUAA